ACACUCUUUCACAUGUCUUCCAAGCAGAUAGUCAAAUCUCAAAGUGCCCCAUUUCAUUUCCUUUGUAUUCUUUCACUUCAUUAUCGUGUAAACUUUUAUACUUGUGGUACAUCUCAUCUAUGUUCUUACCGACGAGGACGCGAUUUGGCUGUAUACUUUUAUUUUGGAAACACUUUUCAUCGUUGAAUAAACGUUUGCAUCGGCAGUUGGGAAACAUCACAACACACUGCGUUUCUUUGAAAAUAAAGGAGUUGCCAUGGAUACAGUUUACUACCAUCGCCUAACGGGUGCCUUUCAGCCGGUUGGAACUUCAAGCACCAGCCAGACAAAUUCCGCUGUCGAAUGCUAUGGAAAUGUCGCCAAAAACGACCCAACAUUCCCCAUGAGUCUACAUCGAUCUGGUGCAUUCGUCACCCACCAGGCCAGCUCAUCGUCAUCGCCGAGUUGCCCGGGGAGCUUGAGCGUGGAGGCGAUGGUGAACAAAGCCGGUUGCUUUGGGCCGUCGAGGGAAGAUAGCAAGCUUUACCCGAUGACUCUCCAGCAUUACGGCGAGUGCAUCCCCACGACUACACCUCGCAUCAUCACCUCGGACGGAGUCUCGGAAUCCCCGACGCUUUCGUCGUUUAGAGACGAAUCAGCCGCAGAUAGCCCGCCAUCGCGACUGAGCAGCCGCAGCGUUCAGACGGAAGACGUUGCCGAUGACGAAACGGCUAAAGAUGACAAGGAGAAGAAAGAGAUCGAUGACGAUAAACCAGACCCAUCGCAGAAGCCGCCAUUUUCUUACGUCGCGCUUAUUGCCAUGGCAAUCAAAGAUUCACCCGAGCGGAAAUUGACCCUGAGUCAAAUCUAUCAGUACAUCAUCAAUAAGUUUUCUUAUUACGAGAAGAACAAAAAGGGCUGGCAGAAUUCGAUCCGUCACAACCUCAGCCUCAACGAAUGCUUCUUGAAGAUAGCGCGAGAAGGAGGAGGCGGCGAGAAGAAGGGGAAUUACUGGACACUCGAUCCCGCCUACGAUGACAUGUUCGAGAAAGGAAACUAUCGACGCCGACGUCGCCUACGACGACCGCAUCGUCCCAUUGCCAUCAUCGACCGCUCCUACAUGUCGACCGACGGCGGUUUUCCGUCCUAUCCGCGGUGCAUCCAAUACGGUAGCACCUGGAGCAUGUGCCCCCCGCCGCCAUCCACCGUACCGACCGCCCAUCAAUUCCAGCCGCAAUACCCCAGCGGUCCUUGUCAGCUGAGCCCGUCACCCACGCCUUCGCCCAGGGGUCUUAUGUCAUCAUCACUGACCUCGCAGUAUUCUCCGAGUUCGUAUACCCAGUUUACGCCCUGUGCGAUCUCGACUUCGCCCAACUCCGGGUAUCUUUCGUCGAUGGGGUUGUCGCAGAACUCGUCAAUCUCCAGCUCGAGUGCCGGCUAUGAGGAAGGCGAGCUCGGGAUGGUAGCCGUUGGCAGCGGAUGUGGUACGUGGCAUGUCUAAUACUAACAGGAUAAAACCUCAACUAGAAGUUAAAUAGUCCAACUCCCGAUGAUGUUACAUAACUUAAACUUGAAUUUCAAAGGGAAUUUUAGAUGUUGAAAUUAAACCCUAACAGGAAUUUCCCUUAUCUUUUUGAGCCAGAAGAAAAGGGGACGAAAGUAAAACGCAAAGGAAAUUUGAAGAUAAACACGGGGACUUCCUUAACUUUUUCAAACACAAAAAUAAUGAAGAUGAAAUUGUCAGAACUUUUUAAACUUCUUUAAAAGUAAAGAAAAUGGUAAACAGGCUAUUCCAUGACUUGAAAUGCCUAAUGUGAUCUAUUUGAUUCUUAAACAUGUUCAUAAUAUGUUUAAUCAAGCAGACAUUGUUUGAUUAUUAUACUUUUGUUUGCGGACCUGUUUAAAACAAGAAACAAUUAAAAACAUCCACGAAUAGCCGAAAGAAGGUGUUUGUUGGAAUGCAUAAUUAAAAUGCUUUAUAACCUAAAAUGACAGUUUGGCUUCUAAAAUAGUCUGAUAUUAUGAAACACAUCCAACACC